AUGCAGCCUGGAGCGAUGCUCUCUCAGAAGCCUAAGGUCCCCACAGAGGUGGCCAAGAAGCUGUUGCAAGCAGACUUGGGUGUGUUGGUCGACUCCCUGGGAAGCUUCCUCUCCGGCCCGCCGACCUUGGCCAUGCUUGGGACUGCCCUGAGCAAGCUGGGAGGAGGCAGCCUCUUGCUGACGGAUCUCGUGCAGCCGAUGGUCCGCUGCCAACUGCUGAGGACGUUUUGCAUGGACCACACCAUGGCCAGCCGCAUCUCACAGGCAAUCUCCAAUGAGAAUCUUCCGGUGUUCAAGGAGGGCGUCGAGUCGAUCAUGCGGGGUACCUUUGACCUCACGGUCCUCAGUGGCCUCCUUGAGCAGCUCGGGCUGGUGGAGGACACGGCGGACCUCCUGAAGACGUACCUGAGCCCGAUGCUGCAGUGCGCAUUGAAGGAGCUGGGGGCAAAUCCGCUUGCCGUCAAUACUCUUCAGGUCACUGGGCCCACAAUGACCAAGUUGAAGGCUCCUCUGGCGGCCAUGAUCUCCGGCGAUGUCUCAGCGCGGGUCCUGCUUGAGGUUUGGGAGGGUGUCGCUCAGGGGACUCCCCUUGCUGGCGAGAGCGGCUUCCUGCGGGAGAUCCUGGCGCCCAGCCUCGGCCGCCUCCUGGGCUCCCUGGGCGUGCCGGCGCCGGUUGCCGCGCAAGUUUCAGGCGCCGCGGGCGCCGCGGGCGCCGCGGGCGCCGCGGGCGAAGCGACGUUGGGCAAGCUGAGCCUUGAGGCGGUGAUGGCUCUCCAGGAUUCCGUGCACGCCGUGGCAAAGGACCCAAGCUUCAGCUCCCUGCAUAGCCUGAUCCGCAACCUCGGCUUGGAAGAGGCCUUCGAGGGCUCCCUUCAGGAGUUUGUGUCCUGGCAACUGCAGCAGGUCUAUGUUGAGCCGGCACGAGCAGCGAACUUGACCUCCGGGCUGACCUUGCCAGCUGCCUCUGCGAUGUCGGCUGUUCUGACCUCUCUCAUGAGUGGCGAGCUGGAUGUUGGCCUUCUUGGAGAGAUCGCGUCUGCGUUGGAGCUUCCAGGUACCCAGCUGCUUCGCGCAGUUCUCGAAGGCUUUCUGCUGCACCACGAGAUGGACCUGGCGCUUGUGGAGUCGGUGAGCACGCUCGAUGCAGCCUCCCUUCGGGAGGCCGUGGACAGGACACUCAAGCUCGAAAUCGACGUGGCCUUCGCUCGCGACUUGUUCGGAGCCUCGAGCUCACGCGCAGCCGACAUGAUUGCGCCCUUGGUCCGCACCCUGGCCAUCGACGCAAGGACCGGGAUCCCAGACUGCUGA